UUGUAUUGCGAUUGUUGUCCGCGCUGCAUGCUACUACGUAGAUACCACUUGUAGUUCAUCCUAGACCAAACAUGGGCGCUAGACUUGCUUCAUGAAUAUCUCGUAAAAGAUGAUCCGCCACACCUGACACUGUCAUGUUAGACCUUUUACACCUUGGCUUGCUUGCGAUGCCAUCACCACAUCUGCUGGUCCUUCUGCCACUUCCCAAUGGUUCCACAACUUAUAACUUAGAGCUUUUGUUGACUCGCAUACAUUCCCCUCUUGCUCAUCUCCCAUCACACCACGCAUGGCCCAAACAAGCUUUCCACCCACCGAUCAACAAUAGCAUUGAUGAUCAUCUUCCAUGAGCAGCCGGCCCGAUGUCAAGAGACAGCGUCCUGACGAUCCUUACUCCAUCCAAUCUGAACUAUACGGCGUCCUUGCAUGAUAUUCAGCGAGAAAGCAAUAUUAUACACCGGUAGUCGCAUUGCAGCGCAAUAGUCUGGCAGGGAAACCAUUCGCACAUAAAACGAGCAUGAUCGUUCGAACAUCCAUAGGCGCCUCCUGAAGUUUUGCAAGGAGACUGCUCGAUUUAACCCCAUGCGCGAAUAAUUCGCAGUAACAUACCUCGAAUCCUGCAUCUUAACAAGUUCCACCGGGCUUAAGACCUCGCAAGCCAAGAUGAAGGGUCUUGUAUGUUUUCUCAUGUCAAUUCCGCUCGUCGCGGCUACACUG